UCCCCGUUGAUCCUCCGUCAUAAUGAAAGCCGUCAUCGCAACCGCCUCCGAAUCUGAACGCGACCAUCUCCUCCACCUCUUCCACUUCUCCAAAUCCUUCACUGCGACAUACAACCCCCUCCUCCUCCUCAUCCUCCUCCUCGCUAUCAUAUGGAAAAGGUUGGGUGUGAGGGGACCGAGGUGGUGGAGGGUGUGGGGGAUGCGACAGAGUGCGUGGGUUGGUGUCGUUGGGUUGGGGGAUAAUGCUGCGGUUGGUGUGGUUAUGGGGUAUUUGGUUCUCAAUGUGUUCUAUUCAUUUUACCGAGCCACCAGCCACAUCCUCCUCCUCGGCACCCGCCUCGGCCUAAUCUCCCUCAUAAACCUCCCCCUCCUCUACCUUCUCGCCGCAAAGAACCUCCCACUCCUCCCCCAUUACGUCGGAUGGUCCUACGAACGGAUAAACUACCUACAUCGCUGGUGCGGGCGGGGGGUGGUGUUGACCGCGUUGGGACAUUUCGUUGCGUUUCAGGUGUGGGAGUGCCGGACGAAAGAGGAGGGGUGGAAAUUCUUCUUUAUGAGGGUUUUUAUGAGUCGACGAAUUUUUACGGGGGUUUUUGGGCUUGGGUCAUAUAUCCUUAUCGGGUUGACAUCACUACGACACGUGAGAAACAGGAUGUACGAAUUCUUCCUCUCAACCCACCUCCUCCUCCUCCUCCUCUCCCUCGCUCUCCUCAGCUUUCACGAACCCACCCGCACCGGACUCCCCUACACUCUCCUCUCAGCCAUCAUCUUCAUCUCUGACCGCGCUGCUCGGUUGCUUCGACACCGACACGUGAGGCAGGGUCAUUUGCGUGUCUUGCCCGGUAGGAUGAUUGUGUUGGAGGUGGACGUGUCUGGGCGGAGGGGAAUGUGGUGGAAUGCAGGUCAACAUGUGUUCUUGAGCGUGAAGGGCAUCGGGGCGUUUCAUGAAUCACACCCCUUUACAAUCGCCUCCGCACCAUACUCCGACUCCCUCAAACUUUUCAUAAGGGCAAACGCGGGAUUCACGCACGCACUCCUCGCCCUCGCCCACGCCGACUCGAACGCAAACGUCGACAUCGUACUCGAUGGAGCGUAUGGCCACGCACCCUGUCUACAGAAGUGGGAGGAUGGGGUGAGAGUGGUGGUGUUGGUUGCGGGGGGGAGUGGGGUUGCGUAUACGAUUGCUAUCCUGGAAGAUCUAGCUAACCGCCGAUGUGAGCUCGAGGGGCAGGAGGGGGUGCAGAAAGUGGCCUUCGUUUGGGCCGUCAAAGACCGUGCACACGUGUCUUGGAUCGCGGAUGCACUUGCCGCUAUUCGAGGGAAGGUCCGAAGGGAAGAAUGGUUAGAGGUGCGGAUUCACUGUACCUCCCACGACCCAAGCUCAGAAGCUACACCCCUCCUCGACACAGAUUCCGGCCCAGCGCUAACCGAACUUCAAUUGCAAGUUAUUUCCGGCCGACCGGACGUAGCGGCGUACAUCUCUUCCGCCGCCUCCGACCACAAGGAAGGCGGUACCGGUGAACGAUCCGGCCAUGGAGAAACGAGUACGAGUAGCCAUGGGUUAGUCGUCGCGACUUGUGGCCCCGCGGGGUUGGUACGCAAUGUGAGGGGGGCUUGUGCGGGGUUGGUGGCGGAGGGGGGGGAGGUUGAGGUUUGGGUUGAGACGUAUGGGUGGUGAUGUCGUGACGAAGGAACGUUCACGACAUAGUAUUGGAAGACGACGUCCAUGGGUAGAUGAAGACGGGAUGGUAGGAGGGUAUCUUGGUUAUCUCGUUCCCUAGUC